AUGUCUCUCAAUGCCCAUGUCGAUGUCAUGAAGGUCUCCAAUUCUUGCAAAGCGAGUGCGGGUAAUGUAAAGACGCGUGGCCGCCGCUACCGUCACCGUCAUGUCCCCCUCAUCAUUUCCAACGAGGACAAGGGUAUUGUCGCACCAGCUGAUUCUGCAUCUAGAACCAAGCUCUUCUACCAGAUGAAAUCCAAUUGGUCCUCAGACCCGCCGGACCUACUCGAGUCACACAAAAAUCAGCAGAAGAAGAACACAUUAAAGAACCAAGCCCGCCUCCUACCGCGCCGGGUGACUAGCACGUUGUUGUCGAGCACGAGAAACAGUUGUGCUGCUUGCAAACGAGACGCAUCUGAAGAAAAGUGGCCAGUCCCAUCACACAAGCAUAUCCCUCAUGAAUGGCGACCACCUCCUGCUCGAACUCUUCCCCUCAAACACGCGCUCAUGUACGGCUUUCCGGUCCCCCCUCUACGAACACGGAUACACCACACCACCACGCCGCUCGUCUCCGGCAGCCUCGGCCCCGGCCCUCCUCUCUGA